CUGAGUUUUCUCGAUUCCCUCCUCGUUCGGGAGUGGAAACGCGGCUCCGGCCCUUGUUCCUUGUUCGGCCGCGCGGACCGCGAGUCUCCUCGCGUAGGCGCGCGGGGCACCCAUUCAUCGUAAGGUGUGCGUUUGUUUGUAAACGAGGCGAAACAACAACAACCUGUUGAGGCUGGGCUGGAAACUCUUGCAGUGCGGGCCGUGCCGUCCUGCAGCACUCCGCGCUUGUCCCGUCCGGCGCGUGGUCUGUGAGGUUACGCGAUUUGGGAGGAAAAUGAACAUGUCUUCCACUUCCGAACAUGAUACAAGCUCUGAAACUAUGAUGGAUCUCAGUUUUGAUAAGUCCAAUGAAAGUGGUGUAGAGUCGGGGGAUGACAUAUCUGGUAGCAGUGCUCCUCUUGACGUUGAUAUUAAGCCAAAGGACCUCUCGGUGAAGUGUAACAUAAAGCGGCUGAAACCCAUCCCUCCACCGCUCAACUUGAGAAAUGAUGAUCCCGAACCAUCCAAUGGGGUUUUAACCACCCUGAAGGAGUUUGCAAUCAUAGCCACAGGACCCCACAGCCCCCUAAUUCAGAAAAACCUUCCAUUCAGAAAAAGAGCCCACAGUGUGCCUGAUGCUGUUGAAAUCGCACCCAUGUCUGCUCCUCCAACUGUUCUGAAAUUCUCUCCUGCCUUAUUCAAGCAAGAGCAAUCUCCCGAUGGUGGAUCCAGUCCUCCUCUCAAUUUAUCACUGCCUCCUACUCCAAGAGAGAGCACAAGUCCUCUUGAAGCCUCUGCUGUUGUCUCAUCCACCCGACCAGAAGUGGCAUCUCCCUUGAUCUCUAGUUCAUCUCACCCUUCAUCAGAGUCUCAGCACCAAAAUUUGGCUCAGCAACCAUUUUCUCGUCACCUCAUUCCUCCUUGGAGUCCGUUUCUCCCUUCCCCGUCCAUGAUGUCUGGCCACUGGUUAAAUGGGUCACCAUCGGCACUACUCAGCCCUGCCCCGUCAUCUUUAGGCAGUAGUCAGGAAGACCUGCGCCUCCCUGCCCCGCUGCCUCUUUCAUCUGUAUCAAAUUUAGUCUAUGAAAGUGAUCCCUGGAGGCUUCCCUGGCCUUAUCCUGUGUGGCACUGCUUCCAGAUGGGAACUUUGUUACGCUUCUCCAUUAACAACUCUGACAUAGUGCUGCGUGCAGAGGAAGUUAAUCAGUGCAACGAAUUACAAUAUUACACUCCAGAGAGAGUGGGUCCACUCCUUGUUCAGUCCAUUAGUCCCAAGGAUACUGGUGUGGUAGACAUAACAUUUUCAUGUGUUGCCCCUGGUCUGUCUGCUGAUAUAAAGCUUGUUGCCACUUGUUACUCUCACCAUACGUUCUUGGUCAUGGAAAAAGGUUGGUCAGCAGUGAGUCCUGAAUUAGUCCUUCGGCAGUAUGGCAUCCAAUGUCAGCUGCUGGAAAGUGGGGAUUGCUGUCCACAGCCACCAAAGGUGCCGGCCGUGUCGUCACCUGGCAUUUGUGAGAAGUUCAAAAGGUUCAGCUUCUCACCUGAAGAAUUGGGUUCACCCCUGCCUACUCCUAGUUCGUUGCUUCUGUCUCCGCCAAACACACCCACUAUGAAAAGUCAGCAUUCUCAACAUGCAUAUCAGAAGGCAACCAAUCAGGCUUCUCAGUCAUCAAAAGCUGCCAAAUCGAAGCAAAAAGCUGGUAACUGUCAGACAACAGAGAAACCCCCUAGAGCAUCAACCAAAAUUCCCUUGGAUCCUGACAGGCCCAAGAGGCCUAUGAAUGCUUUCAUGUUGUUUGCAAAACAACACCGAUUGAAGUUGAUCCGCAUGCAUCCUGGAAAGGAUAACAGAUUUGUUAGUGUGAUUCUGGGAGAAGCAUGGCGACAACUUCCUGCCGACGAAAAGGAAGUUUUCAUUGCUGAGGCCAAGGCUUUGUCAUCUGAGCGAAAGAGGCUUAAUCCAGAUUGCUGGAAGCGAAGAAAGACCCAACCACCAGGCGCUGGUCCGGUAGGUGCUAUCAAGGCUGAAGCAAGUGAUUAAAGAAAGACAAUUUUAGAUUUGUUGUUCUUUGUGUUACAUUAGUAAGGUGCUGUGCAGCAUAACAAUGCUCUUUUCUUUUUCUUGUUUUUCUUUAAAUUGAUAUUUAUGAUACCAGUUGUGUUUGUUGAUCUGAGAGAGGAAUAAUGUUCCAUAUUUUAAGUGUAAUCUUCAAUGUGCCUCUUUUUAACUAAUUUAAGUAGUGGAGUCAUGAUAGAACAAUUAAUCCAAAUUUGAUUUGCAUUCUUUGUGAUAUUUGUCUGCAAGGCACAUUCAAUAUCAUCUCUUGCCAGAUAUUUUUUAAUCAGUAAAUCAGAACAUCUGGAGGUUCUAUGUUAAGGUGAAGCAUGUGGUUUCUCACCUUAAUUUUUUGUUUGUUUGACCUUAGUUAUAAGAUUUUUAAAACUACUUUGUUUCAAUCUUUUUGGAAAUUGUCCGUCCUGUUAUAGAUCGAAGAAUUGAGUGGCUACAAUCUAUUUGAGUUGAGCAAUUGCCAUUGAUCAUUAUGCCAGAUGUCUUUCUUGUUAAGAUUUGUUUGUCAGUCACUAUCAUGAUCUAGUGAUUCUUUUAAAACUGAUAUUUUUAACUGUGUGUAUUUUAAGGAACUUUUAAAAUAUUUGACUCCAGAAAGACAUUUUUGCUUCAGGAAGAGCCCAAUGACGAUAUUGAAGGUGCUUCAAAUUUUAGGUAUUCUGAACUUCUACUUACUGUAUGUGCUGAAACUUUUGUUUGGACAGCACAAGACCAAGAUUGGUUGUUGCUCAUUUGACUGUAAUAAAAUUUAUGAUGUUCAAUGUUGAGGAGCUGCAUUAGACCACAUCAUAUUUGUUUUGAUGUUAGGAACCAAGUUACCUUCAAAGUAUACUCUACAGACUCUUUCUGUAACCUUUGUGCUGCCAUACCUUCAGCAUGUUCGGAAUGUUGUUUCUUGUAUGUACUUAUAGGUACGUGGCCUCAUUUGCCAGCAGUUUUUGUAUCUCUUUAGUGGGCCUUGCUAGGUAGCAAUUAAGCAAACUGGAGUAUAGUGUAACGUGAACAAGUGAGAUGAGGGUUAUUUCCUUCAAUGUGAAUUUUGUAUUAAUUAAGUUCAGUAUAAUAGAGUGGUGCUCAAUUGAGAUCUCACUUAGUUUAUUCAGCUGCAGCUGUGAUGUUUUGAAAGGAAGGAUGAAAGUUUGGUUCAACCUUUGGUACUGAUCUAAAACUGUUAAAUCUUAAGGUGCAGAUAUUUUAUUUUUAUUUGAUCAAAAGUGUGCCAUAUAAUAUGGUGUUGUCAUGAUAUUCUUUUCUAAUUCUGCUCCUAUUUCAAAAUACAUGCAAGAAUCGCUCAGUCAAUAGGGUAGUUUUAAGUGAGAAAUUGUACAGGAGAAGUUCAGUACAUAUUGAUUUGGUCUGGAACCAAUGUGCUUGAUGACAUCAAUACCUGAGAAGUGAAUACCUACGUACUUAGGCCGUGUUCAUGUUUUCAGAUAAGGUUUAUACCAGUGCAACUCAUUGUUGAUGCUUCCGGCUACUGGGCUGAAACCAAAUCCAUACCCUGCUGUUUAAAUUGAGUAUGUAACACAUGCUAGCCCAAGCCUCCUCGUUACUCAAGAGUGCUUGGCUUCCAAGUUUUCAAAUUAGUUUUAAAACUUGUUGAAUGGUUUUCAGGGUAUCAUGUAGUGAAAAACAUAUUCUAUAAAUAUUUUUAUGUUUCUUUUUUUUUUAAAUGUUUAAAUUUUUUAAAUAGUGUAGAAGGUCUAAGAAGUCUUUCAGGAAGAAAUGAAAUGAAAUAAGGAAGUGUAUAUGUGAUAUAGAAAAUGUGAAUCCCUUCAAUUAAGAUGACAUUAAUUUUGUUAUGUAUUUUAUCCCUACUUAAAGAAAAAACAAAACAAUAAAAAACAGACAGAUUGCUCAUUGGAAUGACACCUGUGACUUGUCAAUCUUUGGCAGAUGCUAUUUAGUUUAGCAUCAACUGUCCAUAUUUACGUAAAUUAGGGAACAUAUUCUCAUGUUACUGUAAUUAUAUUUUUCUUGUAUUACAAUUUUAUUAUGAAACCUAUUAUGAUGUAUCUUUUCAUUAUUUACAUCUUUCUUGAAGCCCUGGUGCUUCACAAGUGAUUGCAUUUAAUUGUGAGAUAAUUGUUUUGUUUUUGUUUACUUUAUAGAAUGAGACUUUAAAAAGUGAAAUUUCAUUCAAGAAUCAAGUAGUGUGUCUAGCUUUUCUUUUGGAAGAUCUCAAUUCCCUGUGGGGAUUUUCAGUCAAUGCCCAUUUCUCCCACAGCAAAGAAUGUCUUCGAUCUCAGUAUCUAGUUAAGCUCAUCUUCAUUAAGAAAUCAGUCCUGAAAUUCUGCUAAGGAAAGGAUCAAAACUGUAUCACCUAACAUUUUUUGUUGUUCCUUCAGUUUACUUUAGUUCUACACAUGACAUUCUUCAUGACGUUUCUCUCGAUUUAGCUUUAAGUGGACAGAUGUGAGCUUGUAAAUUAUGACAAAUAUCAAGACCUGCAUUUUUUUCCCAAACUUCUAAGCAAUCAAGUUAAGAUUCUGUUUCAUAAAUUUUUAAGUUGGACAAGCAUAUGUGGAAAUGGUUGAAAGCUUUUCAUGGAUAAUUCACUACCUUCCUUUGCCUAUCUCUCUUUGUAAGCACUGAUUUGUGGAACAUCUCAGUGAAGUUCUUGAUCUCAAAUGUCCAACUGAAAUUUUUCAGACAAAACAAACGAAUUCUUAAUUAUUGAUUCUAAUGUAAUUUUUGUCACCAAGAUGAUAUUUUGGGCCUUGUUCUUUUACCUUAGAUUCACCGUUGUGUACCGAUUUAUUUAUUUACCCAUUUGCCGCUGAUGGGAUAAUACUUGAGUUACAACAUGGUUGGUAGUACUUUUGACAAUCUAUCAUGAGCUAAUGAUGUAAAAUAGAUGAGUGAGGAGAAGGGUAACACCUUUGGAAACCUUACCACAACUUUGCUACCUAUCUGCGAGUAUACAGUAAUUUUCAUAAAUCCACUUAUUAAAUUGUGUUCAUUCUGAGGGAAUGCUGUAGCGUGGAAGAUGUUUGACAACCUGUGCCCUGCCAUUGUCAGCCUUGAUCUCUAUAUUUUGCACAAGAUGCCACCUUUGUCUUUCAUCAAGUUUUGCCUAAAUGUAAUAUUUAAUUUUGUUUUUCCUCUCUGCAUGCAAGAGAAUUGUAGAUUAUUCCAUAUUCUUAUUUUCUUAUUGAACGUUUUAAAUUUCAACAACUUUUACUUAUAAAUAAAUGUUGUCUUAUGACCCAA